CCCCGCGCCCGGGAGCCGAGGAGAGUAAAUACAACAGGAGCGCAAAAUGGCGGAACCGCCGAGCUUAAUGCAAGGCGCCCCCGCCGCCGUCUCGGAGAAAGAAUCGUUCGGCAAAGUGCAAGCCCCAUCCCGGGACCCGCCGGGUCCUCUGUCCGCCAAGAAGAUCCGGACUGAGGAGAAGAAGGCGCCGCGUAGACUGAACGGAGAAGGAGCCAGCAGCGGUAACAGCAAGCAGCUGCAGUCUCCCGCCGCACCUUCGCCUCAGAGCUAUGGCAGCCCUGGGUCUUGGAGCUUUGCCGCUCUGUCCGCUGCCCCCUCCCCGUCGUCUGCUCGGAGCAGUUUCUCCUUCUCUGCGGGCACGGCCGUCCCCUCCUCUGUCUCUGCUUCCUCCUCUCAGCCGGUGCCGCGCAAACUGCUGGUGCCUCCUACGCUGCUACACGCUCAGCCUCACCAUCUCCUGCUGCCCGCCGCCGCCGCCUCGGCCGGCGCCAAGCCGCGCAGACCCAAGGAGAAGCGAGAGAAGGAAAGACGGAGGCACGGUCUCGGCGGGGCUGGCGACGCUGGCGGGGCCUCCCGCGAGGAGAACGGGGAGAUGAAGCCGCUGCCGCGAGAUAAAAUCAAAGACAAAAUUAAAGAGAGAGAUAAAGAAAAGGAGAGAGAGAAAAAGAAGCAUAAAGUAAUGAAUGAGAUCAAGAAAGAAAAUGGAGAAGUAAAGAUUUUGCUGAAAAGUGGGAAGGAGAAACCAAAAACAAGUGUAGAAGACUUACAAAUUAAGAAGGUAAAGAAGAAAAAGAAAAAGAAACACAAAGAGAAUGAAAAACGGAAGCGUCCAAAAAUGUAUAGCAAAUCUAUUCAAACUAUCUGCUCAGGAUUGCUGUCUGAUGUUGAAGAUCAAGAAGCCAGAGGUAUCCUAAAUGAUAACAUAAAGGAAUACAGUGGAAAGAGUUUGGAUACCAAGAGUUAUGAUUCCAAAAUUCCAGAAAACAGUGAGUUUCCAUUUGUCUCAUUAAAGGAGCCACGGGUUCAGAACAACCUCAGAAGGCUGGACACUUUGCAGUUCAAACAGCUCAUUCAUAUUGAGCACCAGCCUAACGGAGGUGCAUCAGUUAUCCAUGCCUACAGCAAUGAACUCUCCCAUCUGUCUCCUGUGGAGAUGGAGAGAUUUGCAGAAGAGUUUGUGGAUCUGGUGUUCAGUGAAAAUGAGAACUCUGCAGCUUUCUAUGUAAUGGGUAUUGUUCAUGGGGCAGCUACUUAUUUACCUGAUUUUUUAGACUACUUUUCAUUUAAUUUUCCCAAUUCACCAGUGAAAAUGGAGAUAUUGGGAAAGAAGGAUAUAGAGACAACGACUAUGUCCAAUUUUCAUGCUCAGGUGAAAAGAACAUAUUCUCACGGUACUUACAGAGCUGGCCCAAUGAGACAAAUCAGCUUGGUGGGAGCAGUUGAUGAAGAAGUGGGAGAUUACUUCCCUGAGUUCCUUGACAUGUUGGAAGAUUCACCAUUUUUAAAAUGUACACUGCCCUGGGGGACACUAUCUAGUUUAAAAUUAGAGAGUCGGAAAGAUAGUGAUGAUGGUCCCAUCAUGUGGGUGCGCCCGGGAGAACAGAUGAUCCCUGUGGCUGACAUGCCAAAGUCACCUUUCAAAAGGAAAAGAACUACCAAUGAAAUAAAAAACCUGCAGUACCUACCUCGAACUAGUGAGCCCCGUGAAAUGCUCUUUGAAGAUAGAACAAGAGCUCAUGCAGAUCAUAUAGGACAAGGUUUUGAACGACAGACUACAGCUGCUGUUGGAGUGUUGAAGGCUGUGCACUGCGGAGAGUGGCCUGAUCAACCCCGAAUAACCAAAGAUGUAAUUUGUUUUCAUGCUGAAGAUUUCUUAGAAGUAGUUCAACGAAUGCAGUUAGAUUUACAUGAACCUCCACUGUCCCAGUGUGUCCAAUGGGUUGAUGAUGCAAAACUUAAUCAACUGAGGAGGGAAGGCAUUCGCUAUGCCAGGAUUCAGCUGUAUGAUAAUGACAUUUAUUUUAUUCCAAGGAAUGUUGUUCAUCAGUUCAAGACAGUUUCAGCCGUAUGCAGUUUAGCAUGGCAUGUUCGGCUCAAGUUGUAUCAUUCAGAGGAGGACACUGCUGAGAAUACAGUUACUCAUGAAACAGGCACAUCACCAGAUUCCACAUCAUCAGUUCUUGGACCUCACACUGACAGCACAAUUUGUGCUGUAAGCAAAACCUCCUUGGAUUCUAUUUUUUCAGACAAACUUCAUUCUAAAUAUGAAUUACAGCAGAUUAAACAUGAACCUGUUCCAUCUGUAAGAAUCAAGGAAGAACCUGUGAAUGUUUAUAUUCCUGAAAAGACUGGAGCACCGAAUAAUAUGGAUAGCAAGAAUGUUAAAGCAAAAUUGGAUCAUGUUCAAUUUACAGAAUUUAAGGUUGAAGUAGACUCUAAAUUUGAAAAUAGCAACAAAGAUUUAAAGGAAGAAUUGUGUCCUGGAAGUCUCAUAAGUCUAGUUGAUACAAGGCAACAUAGUUCAACACAUUCAAAUCAAGAGAGAAAAGAUGAUGACAUUUUGUGUUAAAUUUGUACAUACCAUUAAAAAUUUUUUUUUCUUAAACUUAAUAGUGUAAUAAAGAUUGGAAAGCAAGCCAAGGACUUGCUCCCAAGUCGGUUACAAAAUCUAGUGUAAGUAGCUUUGUAACAUUCCUCAGUGCCUGUCCAUAACUGUGAAGCAGCAAAGCACUUAGGGCCAGAUGCACUGUAAACACUGCAGGUUUAAACAAAAGCAGUCUUUAAAAAAAUCAUUUGAGUUGGAGUUGUAGGUUUUAGAAUAGAGCUGACAUUACCAUAUAUAUAUAUAUAUAUAUAUUUUGUAAUAUGAGCCAGAAUUCUUUUUUGACAAGGCUUUUCCAUAGAGUUUAUUUAUACCAAUUUUUUUUUCAUUUUAAAUGUGUCAGCACUGUAGUGUAAAUAGCUUUUAAAAAAUCUUUUUAGUGUGAUUUAUACUGAAAUGUGAGACACUUAAUAAAGGUUCAUAACAAUAAAUGUUUUCUGUUGGGUCUGCCAAAAAAAAAAAAACCUAUUCAUUUACAUCAUUUAUUUCAUCUGUUAUGUUUCUGCUGGUAUAUCAAGUGCUAAUGGAAUGCAAGUGUAUGUAUUCAAAUCUAGUUAAUAUUUAAGUUUCCCACACUGUGCAAGCAUUUUUAAAACCAAGAUUCAGUUAUGAAAGUAUAUUUAUGUGUGUGUGUGUAUGUAUGGGAAUAUAUAUAUGUUAUCAUAUUUUGCAUAACUUCUUAAAUUGCUGAAUGAGUAUGUGAAACUUCCUAUACUCCCUGGAAUAUAUUUUAAAAUAUUUCAAUGUCAAGAAAGCAGUUUAGGUAAUAGAACCAUGUUAUAAGUUGGGAGAAAAAAGGUAUUUUAGUGGUAUCUAACCUUCUAACUAAUGAAGUUAUGUGGUCAGAUUAUAUAGCCCUAUUAACGUGAAUUUUCUUUGUAGUGUGUGGAAUAAGAAGUUGAGAAAAUUUUCUAAUUAAUCAGCACCUAUACUGUAUCUAAUAGUAGCUGGGAAAAAAAUGUUCAGUUACAGAAAGUUUAAUUGCGUGCAGUUAAAAUAUUUUAUUACAUAUUUCUUGAGGAACAGGAGAAAAAGAUGGCAAAUAUAGCAUAUUAAAAUAAGAGCAGUGACUUAACUGCCAUAUACAGAAGUAUAAUUAACAAAAUUUGUUACCUGAUCUUUCUAAGCAUCCCUCUCCCUACCUUACUAAAGUAAACAACUUAGAUUUUUUUUUCUUUGUAUAGAAGCUCUGGAAAGUAAAACUGGCAUAGGAAACAAGAUUGCCAGUGCCUCGCCAAAGAUGAUUAAAACAAAUCUCUUCAGUGAUGGACUUUAGCACUGUUUCAAAUUGCUUUCAUUGUAAUAAAAGCCAAGCAAAUGUCUGUUGUUUGCUUUGAUGUCAAGAACUCUGCAUUUGCAAUUUAUUUUCUUCUAUUUGAAUUUGAUAUUUUUCUGGGCUCAUGCUUGGGUGGAUUCCUUUCAGCUGGAGUUCUUUGUGCUGCUGCCUUUUGAGCUUGUGUAGCUAUUCCCAUUCAGUGGCUUCUACUCUGGCCCAUAAACCUGCUUAUCUCUAUGAUUAGGGAGAAGCCACUUAAAGGCAUUUCACUAGAAAUAAUAAACUGUAGCAAUGGUGCCAUUUCUGACCUCCAAUUUAAAAGGGCAGGCAAAUAUUAUACAGAAAUAUCAAUGGUUUGUAAGAAAUCAAUCUAUUUGCAGCAUAUGAAUUUUCAUGGAGUAAGGAAAGUAUAAAUAAAUGUAAAUAGGGUUUUUGUUUUAUAACUUUCUUGUUUCUCACUACCUUUGUCUUUAAUUUUAAGCUAAAUUUAUGUAUUUACACCUACUUUGGGGAGAGACAGAAGUUUCUAAUAAACCAGUAUUGAAAAUUGAGAGAGAAUGUGAUUAAAAUGUUUAGGUUUUUCAAGUAAAGGGUGGCAUAUUUAACAAGGUUUGCUUUAGCUCCAGUUUUCCAGUGUCACACACAGAGAUGCAUGAGACCAUAAAAUGUCUUUAGGAUAUCCCUCCAAAAUGUAUGAGCCUUAAACUCUUAAAGACAUAUCUAAAACAGCCAGAGUGGUUACUUUUUAAGUGUAGUUUCCUAUUUAACCUAUUGUCAAACUUCUCCAUAUUUUGAAAAUUUAAUUGUUUUGUCAAAUGCAUACAUCCCCGUAGAGGUGAAACCGGUCAGUGAACCCAGAUUUUCAAGAUUCAGCCUUGUUAUGCUGAGUCAUGCUUAUCUUCCUGUCUUACAGAUUAUAAUUUUAAAAUUCUCUCCAGACGCAAACUGAGAGCUUAUUGGCUCCAUUUGCUACAUACAAAUAAUUCUUAUUUCAAACUUUAAUAUUGGUAUUAAAGUUUUCCUAGCUAGUCCACUCCAGUUCUUUAUCGGAACAAAACUUUUCUGCUAUUAUUUCCAAUUUCUUGGACCAGAACAAUAAAGCACAUAAGAUAGUUUCUAUAUGAACUUACACUAUAUGGAAUAAAUGUUAUUACGUAAAUUAUUAAAUUGCUAUACAGACCUUUACAAAAAAAAAGCAAAACUAAGGUACCUCAGUGGUGUCUGCUACAGAGAUUUUUUUUUUCUUUUUAAUUAUUUUUGGUCAUAUCCUUUUUGGUAAGUAAUAUAUAUUCCAUACUCAGGUUAGCUAUUAAAAGAAUUAAGCAUUUGUGAUACUUGGUUGAAAACUUUUACUAAAGCCAUAUUUAUUAUCUUCUUUGUCGCUACAGCUAUUGACCUUAAAGGUUAAGUUAAUCUAGCACAGCACUGUGUGUGUGUGUGGUUGUGUGUGCGCGCGUGCGUGCCUGUGUUAUAAAGUUAUUGGAAAUAGUUUUGUUUCCACAUAUAUUCAUUUUUGUAUCCAUUCUGUAACUGUGGGAAGGGGUGGUCAUGAAGGUAGGAAAUAUUUUAUUUCUUGGGUUAAGUAUUCAAGGUUAUUUCAUUGGUGUUCCUGAAUGUAAACAGGUUUUUCCUGAAUAUUUAUGGCAGGUAAGAUCAUCUUUGUAAAUAAUAGAUUAGCACUCUUCCGGUAUAUUUGGAUUAUUUUUGGGGGUAACUUCAUUGUCAUGUAAAGCAAAUAUCAGUUUAUUCUGCAUUUAGCAAAGGUGCAGGAUUUAUUUUUGAAGUUGGAGAGGAAUCUUCCUUGUCUUCCACCUUUCAAUAAAUCCAAAAUUGAUAAUUGUAAUAUUUUAAA